GCCGUAUUAAGUGGUUGCAGAGCAUCGUUUUUCCUUCGCUUUUCUUGGACUGGUCGAUCGGCUGGACACUAUGAGAUUCUUGCUGGUUGGAGUUUUAGCGCUGGCAGCUGCCGUCAGUGGAUUACCGACGGCUGGAAAGUCUGCUAACACUGCUGCCAACGUCGAUCGCUUGGCACAUCUUGGCCCGAACGAUCUUGCCGAAGAAUGGAGUGGUCAGUUUGAGGGUGACAUGGUGCUGGAUGAGGAGCAGAUGGAUAUCGUGCGGAACAGGAGGAAUGGAUUGAUCGCAAAGACGCGUCACUGGCCGGACAGGAUUGUCUACUAUUACAUCAACGAGGAAGAUUUUACCCCGGAACAGGUGCAACACGUCGAACUCGGCGUACGUUUGCUGCAGUCGCAGUCGUGCCUUCAGUUCAAGCGAGUCGAGGCUGACGCACCGGCCUACAUCCGGGUGAUCGGCUCCGACUCUGGCUGCUACUCGUCGGUCGGCUUCACUGGCCGGGCGCAGAACCUCAACCUGCAGCCGUACCCGGUUGGCGAGGGUUGCUUCCGCAUUGGCACGGUGGUGCACGAGUUCCUGCACGCGCUCGGCUUCUACCACCAGCAGAGUGCCAGCGAUCGGGACGAGUUCGUCGACAUCAUCUGGGAGAACAUUCAGCAGGGCACGGAGAACAACUUCAACAUCUACCCGGACACCACGGUGACGGACUUUAACGUGCGCUACGACUACGGCAGCGUUAUGCACUACGGUGCCACGGCGUUCUCCAUCAACGGCCAGCGCACCAUCGUGCCGAAGGAUCCGAACGCCACCAUCGGACAGCGCGUGAGCAUGAGCGAGAAGGAUAUUUCCAAGCUCAACUGGAUGUACGGCUGCCUGCUGAAGGGCUAGAUCCCCGGAGGCCGGUAACGUCUUCAGACAUGCUGAUUUUCUAA